AUGAGAAUGUUGAAGAUGAGAAUGUUGAAGAUGAGAAUGUUGAAGAUGAGAAUGUUGAAGAUGAGAAUGUUGAAGAUGAGAAUAUUGAAGAUGAGAAUGUUGAAGAUGAGAAUGUUGAAGGUGAGAAUGUUGAAGAUGAGAAUGUUGAAGAUGAGAAUGUUGAAGGUGAGAAUGUUAACAGUUACGACGAAGAUACUACCAGCAUUCUAGAAGAGCUUUACAAUCGCGAGAACCUUAAUUACAGCACAAAAGACGUUGAUUAUGCGCUCAAAGAACUUUUUCAGCUAUGGAAUUCCUACUUGGUACCAACCUAUGAUUAUAGUAAUCUAUUGGAAUUCUUUGAGUUAUCCCAAUAUUUCAAAGAAGUUGAUUUGGAAACGAAAAAGAAAAACCCAAUCGAACAUGUUAAUUUAUUGGAAAUAUUUUUGAGCUUUUGGAUAUAUGCGUCAUUUGGUGUAUUAUGGGAGAGAAACUUUGAAGGACUAUUACAAUUUGAUACAUAG